AUGCACAUCAAGCAAGUGGUUGUGGAGGGGUUCAAGACCUACCGCGAGCAGACCGUGGUCGAGUUCGAGCCGCACCUGAACUGCAUCGUCGGCGCGAAUGGUUCAGGGAAAUCGAACCUCUUCCACGCCAUCCGGUUCGUGCUCUCGGACAUCUUCUCCAACCUGCGAGCGGAUGAGCGACAGAAGCUCCUGCACGAGGGCGCCGGGCACGCGGUGAUGUCCGCGUACGCGGAGAUCGUCUUCGACAACAGCGAUAACCGCCUCCCCGUGGACCGCGAGGAAGUUCGCCUGCGAAGAAGCAUCGGCCUGAAGAAGGACGAGUACUACCUGGACAAGAAGCACAUCACGAAAGCGGAGGUGAUCAACCUCCUCGAGUCCGCGGGUUUCUCGAGGACGAACCCGUACUACUGCGUCAAGCAAGGCGAGAUCAUGAAGAUGGCGACGAUGCAGGACGAAGAGCGCCUCGACCUCUUGAAAGAGAUCGGCGGGACGUCCGUGUACGAGGAGAAGCGAAGGGAGUCGCUGAAGAUCAUGGACGACACGAAGUCGCGUCGGGAUCAGAUCCAGGAGACGGUCGAUUUCAUCGAGUCCAGGCUCGCGGAGCUGGACGAGGAGAAGGACGAGCUCCAGGCGUACAUGGACCACGACCGCGCGCGGCGUUCGCUCGAGUACGCGAUUCACGAGAAGGAACUCAGCGAGACGCGAGCGAAGCUGGACGACGCCGAGGAGAAGCGCAGGCUGCACGUGGACAAGGCGAGGGACGAGGACGAGCGCGCGCACGCGCUGCACGACGAACUGAAGCAGACCGAACGCGAGUGCAAAGACCGCGAACGUGCCGUCGCCGUCGCCAAGGAGGAGUUGUUAACCGCGGACAUCGAGCUCCGGGUCGCGGUGGAGAAGAAGACCGCCGCGGACCUCGACGUGCAGGAGCUCGGGGAGCAACUCGCCGCGGGCGACGAAGCGUUGAAGCUCGUGCAAGGGGACCAAGCGCAGCUGGACCAGCAAGUCGCGGAGACGCGGACGAAGAUUGACGCGGUCAAGCCGAAGGUGGACGCAGAGACGCGACGCGAGGAAGCAGCCGCGGCGGAGAUCGCGGAGGUGAACCGCCGUCUGCAGGUGCUGCACCAGAAGCAAGGCCGCGCAUCGCAGUUCGCGACGAAGCAAGAGCGCGACAAGUGGCUGAAGGCGCAGGUGAAGGACUGCGAGGGCACGCUCGCAAGGAAAGCGGACGAGAUUGAUAUCCUUAAAAAGGACGUCGACAAACUCCGUAAGCGCAUCGACACGGACAAGAAGGACGCGGCGAGCAUCAAAGCGAAGCUCGCGGAGGAGGAGGCCGCGCUUCAGGCGUCGGACGGGGAGUACCAGACGAAGAUCGCGGCGAGGAACAAGGCUCAGGACGAACGCAAGGAGCUGCAGAGGAGGGACGCGGAGCUCGACUCGGAAGUCGCGUCCAAGACGGACGAGGUGAAGCGACGCGAUAAGCAGCUUGAGUUCACGAUGCCGCGCGAGCUCUUCCGCGGGCUGUCUGCGGUGCAGAGGAUCGCGAAGGACCACAGCAUCAAGGGCGUGCACGGUCCCCUCAUCGAGCUCAUGGAGUGCGACGAGCGGUUCUUCGCCGCGGUCGAGGCGUCCGUGACGAACCAGCUGUUCCACGUCGUCGUCGAUAACGACGACGUCGCGUCGAAGAUCAUCGAGUACUUGAACAAGGAGAAGGCUGGAAGAGUGACGUUCUUGCCCUUGAACCGUCUGCAGAACCGCCCGCGCGAGUACCCGGACUCCCAGGACGUGUUCCCGAUGCUGAGCAAGAUUCGCUUCGACGACAAACUCCGCCCGGCGUUUGACAAACUGUUCGGCAACGUGCUCAUCUGCAGGAACCUCGACGUCGCGGUGAAGUACGCGGGGAGCACUAACCUCGACUGCGUCACCAUGGAGGGCGACUGCGUGUCGAACCGCGGUGCGAUCAGCGGUGGGUACCAAGACUCUGGUCGCUCGAGGCUGAUCAACAUGAAGAUGCUUCAACAGACGCAGCGGCUCAGGGCGGAACUCAGGAAGGAGAGCGCGGAGGUGAAGGACAAGCUGCAGACCGCGGAGCAAGCGGUGACGGGGGUGUUGGGGGACAUUCAGCGCAUGGAGUCUGCGCGGAGGCACCGCCUCACCGCGGUCGAUCGCCUCAGGGCGGAGGGCAAAGACGUCGCCACGGCGUGCGCGCUCGCGGAGGAGUCCCUCGGCGUCAAGGAGAAGACGAUCGCGACGAUUCAAAUCACCGUGGGCGAUCUGGAAGCCCAAGCGGCGGACCUCGCGGCGGAGAUCGACACCCCACUCGACGCGAAGCUGACGUCGGACGAGUCCAAGGAGCUGAAAGAGCUUAACCCUCGCCUCGACAAGCUCAAGGAGGAGCGCCUCGCCGCGGCGGCGGCGCGAUUAGCGGCGGAGGCUGAGCUCGGGGAGCUUCGCGCGGUUCUCGAGUCUAACCUCGAAAGGCGGCAGCACCGGAUCGAGGAGACCACCACGGAGGUGGACAUGUCCGGUCUGAUGACCGCUCUCGCGCGCGCGGAGGCGGAAGCUGCCGCGGCGGCGGCGGUAGAGGCGGAGGCGAGCGCGAGGCACACGGAAAUCGCCGCGAAGGUCGCCGCCGCGACCUCUGGGGUGAGAGAGUCGCAAGGGAAACUGGAUCAGCUACUGAACGAGAAGGACGACAACAAGGCCGGUCUCGAGGCGGACGAGCGCGAGAUGGAGGAUCUCAUGUCCAAGCGCGCGACGCUUCAGGCGAAGCGCGAAGGGCUUCAGCGGAAGAUUCGCGAGCUCGGGUCGCUGCCCUCGGAUGCGUUCGAGAAGUACCGCGGGAAAGCGCUCAAGUCCCUGCAUUCGCUGCUGAGCAAGACGAACGAGCAGCUCUCGAAGCUCAGUCACGUGAACAAGAAAGCGCUCGAUCAGUACCAGCAGUUCACGGAGCAGCGCGAGGCUUUGGAGAUCCGAAGAAGCGAGCUGAUGAAGGGGCACGAGAAAAUAAAGGAGCUCAUGUCGUACCUCGACCAGAAAAAAGACGAGGCGAUCGAGCGCACGUUCAAGCAAGUGUCUCUGAACUUCCGCGAGGUUUUCUCCAAGCUCGUUCCCGGCGGAAAAGGCGAGCUCGUGAUGCAGCGCAAGAAGCCGACCGCGGGCGGCGCAGAGAAUACCCCCCCCACGGGCGGGAAGGAGCCUCACGCCGCGCAAGGGUUCGCGGAGAAGUACAGCGGCGUGAAGAUCAAGGUGUCCUUCGGCGCGGGGGAGACGAUGCAGAUGAAGCAGCUCAGCGGCGGGCAAAAGACCGUCGUCGCCGUCGGGCUCAUCUUCAGCAUCCAGAGGUGCGACCCGAUGCCGUUCUACUUGUUCGACGAGAUCGACGCCGCGCUGGACCCGCAGUACCGUACCGCGGUGGCAGCGAUGGUGCGCGCGCAGGCGGAUGGCGGGACGCAGUUCAUCACGACGACGUUCCGCCCGGAGCUCGUGAAGGUCGCGGGGUGCAUCCAGGGCGUGCAGCACUCGCACAAGGUGAGCAACGUCCGGGAAGUGUCGCUUGAGGAGGCGCUGCACUUCGUCGGGGACGCGGGUAUCGGCUCCGGCGCGGGCGCGGCGAAGCCGGCGGCGAAGCCGGCGGCGACCCCGAAAACCGGGGGUGCGAAACGUCAGCACGAGUCCGAGGAGGACGACGAGGAGGACGACGACGAGGAAGAGGAGGAGGCGAGGGACGACGACGACGAGGAGGAGGAGGAGGAGGAGGAGGAAGAAGAAGAAGAAGAAGAAGAGUGAGCGGACGAUGCACGCACGACGGACGCGCGUAACGAAUAGACGACGACACGCGACGCAAGAGCAGCGGCGACGGCUUGUAAUAACGAGACGACGAAACGAACCC